AUGUGGGUCGUAGAAAUCGAAAAUGUACGAAAACGUGCGCGUGCAGAUUUGAUUCAAAUUCAAAUCGCAUAUUUAUUUGCGUUACGUUUACGACGACGAUUCAGUGAGCAGAAUAAAGAUAGAGCAAGGAAAUUGAGGCGAGUUGAAGUGAGUAAUUUCGAUAGUGAGGCAGAUGAUGAUUUUGAUGAUGAUGACUGUAAUGAUAAAAAUGAUUGA